ACGUCUGAAAGACAUGUGGAAAUAGUCAGGUGUCAACGACUGAAUGUUCACCAAAUGGAAGUAUACUAAUAUCGAUUAUUUUCUUGCAUGUCUAGGAAAGCGUUUAUUUUCUGGAAUUAAUCAAUAGUUUUCCCUCAACAAGAACGACGUUUCCACGAAGCAGCGUCACUGUAGAACAAGUCGCGUCAAGUAUCGCACCCCUAAGAAAUAAUUCUUUUGAUGAUGACUCUUAUGAAAGUGAAAAGAAUUUAACACAAGAUUUUCGCUAAGUGCUGAUAACUAUGGAUACUAAAAACCAAAAUUUUCACAUCAGUGGUAGCGGGAAAUUCUCCACGUCAAUCUUUGAACCGUCCCACAGGAAAACGAGCGCAGAAAUAAUCAACGAAGCUAGACACGCAAUAAGAGAAAUUCAACCACAUCCUGACACCACUAUGAUAAAUCCGGCAGUACAUCCUCUUCAAACACAAAGGCCUUUCACUCCCAGGGAAAAAGAAAGGCAUCUUUUUGGAAACAAAUCCAAAACUGUUAAUAGACCACCAAGCUCGUUCAGUUUACGAUACCUCCAGAAUGAAACGGAUCUACCCACUAACAAUUUACCAGAAACAAACAUGAUACUUUCCCCAUCAAUGCUUGCCACCGCAGCGAGAUCCAGCGAGGGCGAAGCUUUCAGCUUGAGGCACAGAUCGAAUUCCGUAUCAGAGAUAAACGACGACAAAAUUUUCAACAUAGGGGUGAAAGAUUUACCAAUGAGAAAAGUCAGGCUUCCUUCCCUAGAGAGACCAUUUCCAAAGAGAAAACUAUUCAAGAAGAACUCCUUGGACAAUUUGCCAGAGGAAGCUGAGGAAGUGAAAGCCCCCCAGUUCCGAAACGCCUACAGCUCUCCCGAAGAAAAAACCGAAUACAAUCAAUCCAAGUUCGACUCGCCUUUCGGCAGACCCUCGAAAAGACAAGACCUCGCUAAAUGCCUGCUCCUCGGUCCCCAAAACUUGGAGAAGAUAUUCGACAAUAGACAGAUUAUCGAAAACUCGACCACGCUUUUCGUGGAAAAAGGUUACUUUAAUAAGGAACUAAAGAGCAACGAAUCUAAAAAAUUACAAACCUCCAUUUCAGUAUUGGAUGCGAAGGACAAGACUGUGGACGAUAUCUUGCAGUGUCUGAACAUGGAGGCGGGCAGAGGCGCAAACGAGGAAACUGUUGUAAGGUUGCUCUCAGAGAUGUACGAUUGUAUGGAGAGGCAGAAGAUGCUGGACGUUAAGGUCACUUCUAAAAUGAAGAUACAAAUUCUGAAGUGCCUUUAUAAGUAUGUGGAGUCAACAAACCAAGUUUUGCUCCUGAGUUUGGCGAGGAUAAUUCUCGCGCUCAAAGUGACUGGUAACAAUUUGAGCGGAGUAUGCAAACUGUUGUUCAAAGUUGCAAAGAACGAUUCUAACGAUCACCUCUUUUUAGAGAAAAAUAUCUUGGAACUUCUCCUCGAUGCUCUUGGUAGGUCUAGUCCUUUGGACGAUUCAGAAGCCUGCGUUUAUGGUUAUGGGGCUGUAAAGUUCUUGUCGAUGAACAAUCAGCUUCAACAAAAAAUGAUAUCUUUGGGAACGUUGGAUCUUAUGGCGCUGCACAUGAAAAUUAUCAAUGUUGCUAAAAUUGACAAAAUAACGAUGACCGAACAAACGAGGCAUGUCUUAUUUCAACUAACGGGUGCACUGAGAAAUUUAGCCUCAGAUGAUGCAAUCUAUGAGAGAUUUAAUGUGAGCAGAGCAACAUCAGAACUAUGCGUGACCAUGGAAUUGUUCUUUGAAGAUCCUGAUGUUAUAAGUAAUAUAUCCAGGAUUUUGAGCAUUAUUUCUACGAGUGAGAGUUGCUGUAAUAAGAUUAUAGAGAAGAAAGACAUAUAUGAAAUAUUUAUUAAAUUAUUCGAAAAAUACUCAGGAAAUGAAGAGAUCAUAGUGAGAUUGACUUAUACUAUGGGCAAUAUUGUCGCAAAAAUUGACAGUACUAGAGAAAAGUUCUUUCACGAGAACAAAUCCAUUGACAGUUUGUUGAAACUCUGGAAAAUAUACUUAGAAAGAACACUGAAACUUUGUUCUUUGAAAAUGGAUGAUGGUUCUGAGAGUGAUGAUGGAAGAUGUAGCGAAGAUGUUAUGAUAAAAGUACUGAGAAUAGUUGCCAAUAUAGUUAUCAACCCUGACAUAGGCAGAGAAGUGAACGAAAAGUAUGGAAUAAAACUGAUAGACGAGUUCCUGAAGGUUUUGAUCAGCAAUCCUUUCAAGAAAAAUCAGGAACUUGUUCUGGCGAUUUUAGGUACCUUGAACAACCUUUCCUUCUACUAUAUCACAGAAACGGAGCAGGAUGUGUUUCAUGUGAGACAAGUAGAUAUAAUAGAAGGAAUUUCGGAAUAUACAAAAUCAACCAAUGACGAGUAUGUCGUGGAAGCAAUGAGAAUCUUAGGAAAUCUUUCCAGAUCAAAAAUAACAAUAUCCUAUACAGUGAAGAAUAACAUUUUUCAAACUCUAAUUGAAUUGCUAGAUCACAGUGAAAAUCGCAUCCUGAAAACGACACUGGGAGUUUUCGUCAAUCUGAUGGCAGACAAUAAAUCGAGAACUUUGUUCAAAAAAAGAGGAGGGGUCAAAAAAUGUAUUUCAAUUUUGGAGAAAUAUGGACAAAGCGACUGGUUGAUGGGAACUUUAGUAUGUCAAGCUUUGUGGAAUUAUGCCAUCGAUUGUAUGGAUCUGUAUGAAUUAUUUUCUGAGGAUGAAAUACAAAAGCUUCUUGUUCUUCUUGCGGAUUAUCUGGAUGAUGAAAAACUAUUUGGCAUCAAAGAUGAUAUUGAGGACUCGGAUAUCUACUCCAGUCAAGAAUAUAUGAUCUGGGACGAAUUUGCAAAUGUAGCCACUAAUUUAUUGGAAAAAAUCGAAUAUUUUUUGGACACUUUUGACCAAAUAGAUUUAGAGAGCAAAGUAGAAGUGAAGAAAAUAGAUAACAGCACAAAUUUAUCAUUCGCUGCUUGGUAGUUGACAGCAACAACAACAACAACCUUAGAUUGGAAUUAGUUAUGUAAAAGAACAAGAUAUAUCUGUUUCAACUUUUUUAUAAUACUAAUUAUAAUUAUUUCAGUCUUGAAUUAUUUGUGUAAAAUCAAUAUUUUUACAACAAAUAAAUGGCAAUAAUAAAUUUAUUGGUGAUUCCUUUAUCUGCAAUUUUUAACGAAAAAUAUGGUUUUAAAAAGAGAAUUAUAUGAUUUUCACUAACAUGAGU